AUGCUCUUCCUCUUUGCGAAGGAGCCCGUCACCAUCAGCCUCACAGCGAUGUACCUGGUGUCCUUUGUGGUGGGCUUCGUGGGCAACAUCAUGUCCAUCAGGGUGCUCACUAGGAAGCGCCGGAGUCGAGUGUCCAGCCUGAGUGCCACCCGCAGCCUCCUCAUCAACCUGGCAGUGUGUGACCUCAUGGUGGUGUGCGUCUGCAUGCCCAUCACUGUGGGCAACCUCAUCUACAAAGCCUGGGUGUACGGGGACUUUCUCUGCCGGGCGGUGCCCUUCAUCCAGGCUGUUUCUGUCUCUGCCAGCGUCCUCAGCCUGACCGUCAUCAGUGUGAACCGGUACUACAGCGUGCACAACCCACUCAACGCCCGGUCUUUCUUCACCCAGAAAAGGAUCCUCAGCACCAUCCUGGUGGUGUGGUUGUUUUCCUCAGGAAUAUGCAUGCCCCUCAUCUUCAUGAACAAACGGGAUGAGAUUGGGGUGGUGGAGGGCUUGCCUCUGGUGUUUUCCAUCUGCAGGGAGAUUUGGCCUCAGGAGAGACUCAAGCAAGCCUACAACUUUCUGCUCUUCUGUGCCCUCUACUGCCUGCCAGUCCUGUUCAACAUGGUCAUCUGCUUCCUCACGGUGCGCAGGCUGUGGAGCCGCAGCAGCCAGCUGAAGGAGAGCACUGCCCUGAACCGAUCUCUGCCAGCCUCCAAGCUGAAGAUCCGCAAGAAGGUAGCGCAGAUGGUGGUGGCCCUGGUCCUGCUGUUCGCAAUCUCCUGGCUGCCCGUCUACCUGAUGGACAUCUGGAUAGAUUUCAACAUCCCCAAAUCUUUGCAGGAUGUGACUCCUUCUCCUUGGAUCCUGCAGCUCAGACCUUUUGCCCAGUGGCUUGGCCUCACCAAUUCCAGCCUCAACCCUAUAUGCUAUUGCUUUGUUGGGAACCUCUACAGGUCAGCCAAGGAAAUGAAGAGCAAGUACCACCAAAGAAUGGUCUCCCUCUUUAAUUUCUCCCUGUCCGAAGGGACAACCCGUUCCUCAGUCCCGGAGCUGCUCUCUUACCGGAGUUCAACAGAGCCUUCAAGGAAAGGACCCUCCGCCACCCCCGCCAUGGGCAGGAGAUGUCAGGCAAGUCAUGGCCAUAAGAACAAGUGUGGAGGCUUGAACUCCUGCCAGCAUCCACCUCUCAACACUGUCUCCAAUGAGAACACUUCCUUGUAA